GCGGACAGGUUGCAGCAAUGUGUCAUAUCUAUAAUCCAAAAUCAACGAUAAGGAUCAUUGCAUCUUAGAAUCAGUGAACGGUUGGUAAUAGUUUAUUUUUCCAACAAAGACUGGUAGCUAGGUUGUCUCCGGACUCUAAUAAAGAGAGAGAGAAAUUGAAGCGUGAAAGAACAUCAUCAACAGAAACAAUCAUCAUCACCAUUAUCAUUAGACCUUAGAUAGUAGGCAAACAUGGGGAUCAAAUUCAGAGCCUUCUUGCUCUCGCUUUUCCUUUCGUUUGUGUUGUUUGCUCCAGUUUUUUCUGCAACUAGUGAUGGGUUCCUUAGAAUUGGGCUCAAGAAGAGGAACUUUGAUCAAAACAACCGAUUUGCUGCACGGUUGGCCUCUGGGGAAGAGGAUAAAUUGAGAGCUUCUACUCGUAAUUAUAACUUCCGUGGUGUCCUGAGAGAGUCAGGGGAGCCUGAUAUUGUAGCAUUGAAGAAUUACAUGGAUGCUCAGUAUUUCGGGGAGAUUGGUGUUGGUACCCCACCUCAGAAGUUCACUGUCAUAUUUGACACCGGCAGCUCUAAUCUGUGGGUUCCAUCAGCAAAGUGCUAUCUGUCAGUUUCUUGCUUUUUCCAUGCGAAAUACAAGUCAAGCCAGUCAAAAACCUAUAAAAAGAACGGUAAAUCUGCUGCUAUUCAAUACGGCACUGGAGCAAUUUCUGGCUUCUUUAGUGAAGACAGUGUCACAAUUGGUGACCUUGUUGUUAAAGAUCAGGAGUUUAUUGAAGCAACUAAAGAACCUGGAGUUACAUUCUUGAUGGCCAAGUUUGAUGGUAUUCUUGGGCUUGGAUUUCAAGAGAUCUCAGUUGGCAAAGCUGUGCCUGUUUGGUACAACAUGGUCAAGCAGGGACUUAUUAAAGAGCCCGUUUUCUCAUUUUGGUUUAACCGGGAUGUAAAAGGGGAAGAAGGAGGUGAACUUGUUUUUGGAGGAGUUGAUCCUAACCAUUACAAGGGUGCUCACACCUACGUUCCUGUGACUAAGAAAGGUUAUUGGCAGUUCGAUAUGGGUGAUGUCCUUAUUGCUGGCAAGACAACUGGAUAUUGUGCCGGUGGGUGUGCAGCAAUAGCUGAUUCAGGAACUUCUCUGUUGGCGGGUCCAACGGCCAUAAUUACAGAAAUCAAUCAUGCGAUUGGGGCUGCUGGAGUGGUUAGCCAGGAGUGUAAGACAGUAGUUUCACAAUAUGGUGAUAUGAUGAUGGAGUUGUUAUUAGCAGAGGCACAACCAAAGAAAGUUUGCUCUCGCGUCGGUUUAUGUACUUUCGAUGGGAGCAGAGGUGUUAGUGCUGGUAUUGAAAGCGUUGUCGGUGCUGAGAAUGAAAACAAAUUAUCCAGUGGUCUAACUGAUGCCAUGUGCUCUGCUUGUGAGAUGUCUAUCAUCUGGAUGCAAAACCAGCUUAAGCAGAAUCAGACAAAAGAGCAGAUCUUAGACUACGUUGAUAAGCUUUGUGAUCGAUUGCCUAGCCCAAUGGGUCAAUCAGGCGUCAAUUGUGGAAGUCUUUCUUCCAUGCCUAAUGUUGCUUUUACCAUUGGUGGUAAAACUUUUGAGCUCACCCCAGAACAGUACAUUCUCAAGGUCGGCGAGGGAGCUCAAGCUCAGUGCAUCAGUGGAUUUACAGCAAUGGAUAUUCCUCCUCCUCAUGGACCUCUUUGGAUAUUGGGAGAUGUCUUCAUGGGUCAAUACCACACUGUAUUCGACUAUGGUAAAAUGAGGGUUGGAUUUGCUGAAGCAGCAUAAGCGGUGUCAUCACUCUUUCUGGAGGCAACAGAACUUGUGUUACAGCAUAUAGGGAUUUCAAUAGUUUGUUUUGCUAAAUGCAUGUAAAUAUUUCCCAUUUGAAUGCUUUGCCUUUUUACAGUAUCGUUUUCUGUCACCAGUUGUAUGUUUUCAGACAUAACGAAUAAUAGUGUUACAAAAAAAAGAAAAUGUCAUGGUCUUUCAGGUA